CAUGGCUGCCUUCUGUAGAGGCAGGCACAGGUGGAAAAGGACUAAUUAUUUUCGUGUUUUGACAAGAAACCUUACAGGGAAGUAUGACUAUGACCUGGUGGUUAUUGGUGGAGGUUCAGGAGGCCUCGCCUGCUCCAAAGAAGUAUAUACAUCUAUAUUUACAGCGGCACUGUUUGGACAGAAAGUUGCUGUUCUAGAUUAUGUGGAGCCAUCUGUUAAAGGUACUAAGUGGGGUCUUGGUGGUACAUGUGUUAAUGUUGGCUGCAUUCCUAAGAAGCUCAUGCACCAGGCUGCUCUGCUUGGCACUGCUCUCAAAGAUGCUAAGAAGUACGGCUGGCAGAUCUCAGGGCCAAUCUGCCAUGACUGGACCACCAUGGCAGAGGCUGUGCAAAACCACGUCAGGUCUCUGAACUGGGGUCACAGAGUUCAGCUCCAAGACAAGAAGGUGAAGUAUCUGAACAUCAAAGGAAGUCUGGUGGAUGAACACACUGUUAGAGGACUUACUAAAGCAGGGAAAGAGAUGAUCCUGACGGCCAAAAACAUUGUGAUCGCCACAGGUGGACGGCCUAAUUACCCCACAGAUGUCCCAGGAGCAAUUGAGCAUGGCAUCACCAGUGACGACAUCUUCUGGCUGAAGAAGUCACCUGGAAAAACGCUUGUGGUUGGAGCCAGCUAUGUGGCUCUGGAGUGUGCAGGCUUCCUCACAGGCAUCGGCUUGGACACCACAGUGAUGGUUCGCAGCAUCGCCCUCCGGGGGUUUGAUCAGCAAAUGGCAGGUCUAGUGACGGACUACAUGGAAGCAUAUGGGACCAAGUUUGCUUGGAAGUGUGUACCAAAGAGAGUGGACAAACUGUCCUCUGGAGCCCUGCAGGUGACCUGGACGGACAACCUCACAGGCAAUGAACACAAGGACAUCUACGACUCUGUGCUGUGGGCAGUUGGCAGAACCCCUGAAACCAAAAUCCUGGGCCUGGACAAGCUUGGCGUGCAACUCAAAAAAGAGACGGGGAAAAUAGUUGUGGGUGCUGACGAAUCCACCUCAGUGCCAAACAUCUAUGCUUUUGGUGACAUUGGCGAGGGUCGUCCUGAAUUGACCCCGACGGCCAUAAAAGCAGGAAAGCUUCUCGCCCGUAGACUGGCUGGUCACAGCACCGAACUCAUGAACUAUGACAACGUGCCUACCACAGUGUUCACCCCCCUUGAAUACGGCUGUGUGGGUCUGUCAGAGGAGGAGGCUGAGAAGAGGCAUGGGAAAGAUGGUAUAGAGGUCUACCAUGCUUUCUACAAGCCUCUUGAAUUCACUGUUGCUGAGCGCGAUUCCAGCCAGUGUUACCUAAAGGUGGUGUGUGAGCGGGGCGGAGAGCAGAGGAUUCUGGGUCUGCACUUCACUGGUCCAAAUGCUGGAGAAGUUACACAGGGCUUUGCUAUGGGCUUCCAGUGUGGAGCAACAUAUUCCCACCUGCUGCAGACAGUAGGCAUCCACCCAACCUGUGCCGAGGAGGUGACCAAGGUCAACAUCACAAAGCGGUCCGGCUUGGACGCCACGGUAACUGGCUGCUGAGGUUAAGCACCUCGGUCUCUGAACACUAGUGAGCACACAGGGUCGCUCCGUUGCAGUAUUAAGAAGUUAGCCUGGGUUUCUCUCUGCUCUUUCUCCUCGCUCCUCUCCUUCUGCGGGGCCCCAAAAUGGCCCCCAGUUUCACAGUGCUCUCUGGGAUUUUGCUGCACCUCUUGUGCAACGGGUCAGUCAUGGAGGUCAUAACUGGCUGCCCAGGUUAGUGUCACUGACAUGUCAUGUGAUUACCAAGACUAUGAUUAUCCCAUUUUCGUGCAUGUUGUGAGUGUAUCCAGUGAGUGAGAGCCCAGGCCGCAAAGCGAGCGUCUUUUAAAUAAACAGCCUCAUCAAUCAGGAUUACGGCUUGCACUCAGAGUUUUGUUGAAAUUGUACGAGAACUGUGGACCAAACCCCAAAGUUUUUCUGAAUAUAUAUAUUCUGCAAAUAUUGUUGUUUCUCUGGCUGUACUUCCUGUCCAUUAGUCUUGGAGGUGACACAUACCAUACACCCCCACAAACCCUCCCCAUGACACUGAUGGAUGGCCCCAGGGCCGUCGCCUCAGCGACACCGCCCCAUUUCCCAUGGACACACACAAACAGUCGGUGGGCCGCCUGUCAGUCAGCCAGUAAGACCUGGCCAGGGAGCCCUGGCUGGUUUAGGGCUCAGCAGACCCCUUCCUUUUCCUCCCAUGCCCCUCUCCAUCCCAUUGCAUGAAAGAAUACAGUGGGACUACAAUCGUGUGCCGUCAGAUGCUGCGUGGAUGCCUCAGCCGAGACUCAGUGCAGCUCUACCUGCUGAUAACAGCUGUGAGAGUUUUCCUGUAACUGUAUUACCCAGACUCACCCAAAGGUGGCACUGUUGCCCUCCAAUUCUGCUCCUUUUUUCAGAGCCAAGAAUGGAAGACAUGAUAAAGUAGUCAUUGGAUAAAACAUGAGCCUGAAUACAUUCAGGUUGCACAUUUAAUCCCUUUAAUCCCUAUAAAAGAUAUUGUGCUUUUGGAUGACGUUUGGAAACACUCUGACUCUAUUGGUGCCAAACUGAUAAGGUUAUCUGUUGUGUAUUUACAUGGAUGGCAAGUUUGGCCUUAAGAGUCAUCACCCUUGAAGAUAAGGCAAGUUGUUUAUAUCAGUAAAGCAGUAAUAGGCCCUCACAGUAAGCCAAAGUGCUCAAAUGUUGAACCUGCUGGCUGCACUGGACAUAUUGGGUUUAUUGAGUCAACGAUGAGGAGGAGGAGGAGGAGGAGGAGGAGGAGGGCUGUCAAUAAAGUGGGUUGCUACAGAAAUCAGGGGACCUGAGAGGAGGCUGCUGGGCGUAGUUUAUUUUUAUUUGAAGUCUAAUCUGCCCGGUCUGAUUAAUGAUUUCGAUGAGGGGAGUGACAGUGUGCCAGGAGAUGGAGAGAGGAAAGAGAGAGAGAGAGAGGUACCAGGUUUACUUGGAGCUGUGCCAGAGGAGAGAGAGCUGAGUUUCAGGCCUGGUUAGGGAGGGAAGGGGGAUUCCUGUGUGCUCUGUUCAGGGCCGAGGUGCUGACUGAAGGACCCUGACCUCCGCUCAGCAGGAACAGCUUGACUCUAUCACUCGGAGCACAGAGGGCUCACAUGCUGCGGCGCUGCACGGCAGGGGCCUGAGGGGCUCAGGGUUGAGGGGAGGGAGGAUGGCAAGAGGACGGACACAGCCAACCAACACAACUGCGAGCGGUAGCGGUGUGUUUGCCCUGAGUAAUUGAGUCUAUGUUCCUGUGCUUAACGAGCCACUUCAGAGACCUCAGGGUGGGCCCGAGGCUGCGAGAGGGAAGUUAUUGAGGCCAUCAGUGUAACUGUAAUGUCUGUUUGCUUUUUACUCUCUACUUCCCCUCAGUGUAUUCUCAUCUGCUCCAUAUCUUACACACUGUAUUUCUGCCCACACACAAAAUGAAAAAGUCAGUAUUUAAAUGUCUUUAUCACGUCUGUCGAAUGUGAAUGAUAUCUGUUCGUUGUUGCUCAUCAGUCACUCCAGGCCCAAGAUUCGACCAGGUAGCCUCAGCCGUGCCCCACAGGGGGGUCAGGGUUCAGCUUUCAGGUCAACCAGCUAAUGAUGACCUGCGCUAAAACCCAAAACUGGGAAGUGCAGGUCUGAUGUCACCUGGCUGCCAACUGUUUUAGUUGUAAAUAGAGAAGUGUAAUUUUCCAUUAAAGCUUUGUUAUACAUAAUUUAUUAUGUAAAGUAAUAACACACUGGAAUGCACAGUGUCACUAUUAAAGUAAUAAAGCACACUGAUUGAGUGUUCUGUGUUCUACAUUAAUGGAUACAUACAGUUGAAAGAGUUCCUUUACACUGGGCUCU